CUUUCUGCAACGAGGUGCAUCUCUACAUGUGCCGCGUGCGCUCGCAACUUUCAUUUCGCCCACCCCUCAACCGCAGCAGGCACGCCUUGCACGCGAUAAUAUAUUUCACCCAGCAGCCUCCGCACGCACUCCGCGCUUCACUAGCUCGAGCCGUCUGUGCCUCUAGCUGCUGGUUCACUUCCGUAAUCUUCGCCGCGAACCUGGAAAAUAAGCCACACGAGGAACCGAGUUCCGUGUCUGCGUGAACUUUCUAUCCGAGUUCCCUCGUUCAUCGUCACAGCCGCGCGGACUUGCGCCACCUGCGCGCCCCGUCCGCGCGCCUAUGGAGAUACAGCUGGCGGCGGCAGCCGUCCGCGCGCUCGAGGCGGCGCUGAAGCGGAAGCUCGAGGGGGAAGUGGUCGGCGACUUUAACGUCAACGCUUCGGCGGAAGCUUCCGCGCUCCUGAAGCGCGCGCGCGGCAACCCCGAGGGAGGCGCGGCCACGCGGAGCGGCAGGCCCGAGGCUGGCGUGGCGGGGCGCAGCCAUGGUUCCGCCGAUCGCGGGGAUGCUAAUAUCGGGGAUGGUCAUCGCGCGGAAAGCUCCAGAAGACCAGAUGCCGGCCGGCCAGCCGCGCGAGGCGGCGCUGAUGACGUCAUACCAACGCGAUCUGAGCUGGAGGCGAUUUGGCAGUUAGUGCACUCGGGGUACUUCGCGGGCGGCGGGGAGGGGGAGCUGCGCGAGGGGCAGGGCGCGCACGAAGCGGCGGAUUUAGCGGGUGCUGCGGGCGAUAGAGGAGAAGGGUCGUUGCCACGUGGCGUGGGAACGGCUGAGGUGGCAGCGCGAGAGGGAAGGGCGAUUCGGAAGGCGUGGGAGGAGUCUCUUUCCGCGCAAGGCGGGGGUGCGGGCGCGGCGGACAGAGGCGGGGGGGAUCGGGGCGGAAGGGCGGAUGAGUUUACGGGCGGCGGGGGGCAGCAGUCGUCUAAGAAGGGGCAGAACCUUGGGCCGCAGGCCAUGGCGGCUCGGAUGCGGCGGGAGCGAGUGAAUGCGCGCAUGCGGGUGCUGCAGGGGCUGGUGCCGGGGGCGGCCACGAUGACCACAGAGAGCUUCCUGCUAGAGGCCGUGCACUACGUGCGCUUCCUGCUGCAGCAGGUCAUGGAGCUGUCAGAGCUCUACACCCCUCAGCACCGCAGUAGGGAGGAGGGGGAGGGGGACAGUGGGGAGGGGCAGAGCCGGGCAGGGGAGGGCAGAGCCGGGGAGGGAGCUGGGUGCAGCACGGAGGGAGGGGGUGGGGGGAAGGGUGACGUGGACAGUGAGUUGAGGCGGGAAGGGCUGCGAUUGGUACGAGUGGAUCGGCUGCUGCCGAUAGUGGGGGUGGGGGGGCUGCUGGAUUGCAUUCUGGUGAAGCAGCAGCAGAGGGAGGAACAGCGGCAGGAGGAGGAGGGGGGGGAUGAGGAGGGGAUGGCGGGGGGAGGGAUGGGGGGAGGGGAGGAGGGGGAGGAGGCGCAGGAGGGGGACAUGUUGAGGGAGGGCUCCAAUUCGCCCUUGUCCGAGGGGUGAUGGGCGGAUAUGUGCCGCCCCGUGCCGUUUGGUGAUGAGAUUCGUGGUCUAACAAGUGAAUAAAUGUGGCUGGAGGGAGGUUUGCCAAGCCAAAUGGCUUCAUCAGUUGGGGUGUGGGGGGAUUGGAUUAUGGAGCGUUAUGAGGUUGGGGGAGGGGGUGGGGUCGUGGGAGGGUGGGGGGCGCUUGUUGUGUGACUAGGGUACUUCACCAUGUGCCCUACCCACGCGACUCCCUUGGAGUCCUCAUGUGGGCGCAAACACCAGAAUCCACUCUUUGAGGUCGGAUUGCUUGAGCCCUCUUGCGAAUUUGCUCAAUAUAUGGUGUAUUUUAUU